AUGACAGAACUUAGACCUGAAUUACUUAAUUUAAUAAAUUAAUGGGAAUUAACACAAAAUUAAAAAAAGAAAGAGAAAUUAAAUGAAAAAAGAGAUAUGAAAACAUUAAAAAUUAGUUGUUUAUAAUAAAAAAUGAAAUUCAAUUGGAAAAGAUCUAAAUUUAAUCAAAAUAAAUAAUACCACAUAAAGAAAGAAUUGAAGAAAAUGGAGUUGUAAAAGAAGCUCGAAAAAUCUCUGGAUAAAUAGAAUUUUUUAUAAUGUUAAAAGAAGAACAAUAUUUUAGAUGGACUAAUUUAGAAGAAGUCAAAUCUAGAAUUCCUAUUACUUCAUGUGACUACUUACUUUAGAGAAUAAAGUUUAAUGAUAAAAUGA